AUGAGCAACUUUAGUAAUAAAAAAGGUUUUACAAAUUAUUCUUAUUUAGGAGCAAAAUAAACAAGGACUUAAAUCAAGAAGUAAGUGAUUGCAGCUCCUGCAAUGAUGAAGAAGAUGAAACUGAUUUCGAAAAGCAAAGGGAAAUAUCAAUUGGAAGUGGAUGAAACUUUCCUCAGUCAACUUUAAUAAGCAAAGCAAUUUUUAGCAGAACUAAACGAUACGAUCCAUGGUCAAGUUGAGUCAAAUCAGGGAAUGGUUUAAGAGUCUAAUCCCCAAUUUGAAUAAUAGGAAGAUGAUGGAUCAUCAUCUGCUUCAGAUGAAAAAAGUGGAGCUCAAUUGUCUCAAUAACCACAAGAACAAUAGUCUUAAUAACCGAAUGAAGUGAAGGAAACGCAGGAUUUUUACAGACGCAUUCCUCAUUUUUUUAUGGGGAGAUUCAAAAAGUGGGCGAAAAUUUUAAAAGAAGAUGAUGUUAGUACAUUUUUACAUCAAUUAAAGUCGAAUAAAAAAUCAAAAUAGGGAAGAUAUGAGUUAGGGGAUUUUCAUAAGUAAGCAAUUAACUCUAUCAAAAGAUGUUUUUAGAUUGAUAAGAAUGAUAACAACGAAUAAUAGAAGCAAAAGAAAAAAAUAAAAGAAUUAUUCCUUGAAUUUUUGCAGAACGAAGCAGUCCUAUAGAUCAUCCAAUAUAACAAAAUAACUAACCAAGAUCAGAAGAUUAAAUACAUAGACGUAAUUCCAAAUAUGGUCUAGGAAAUGUAUAGUGAUAAGCCUUUUGAUUAGUUUUUGGCUCAAUAGAACAUAGAGAAAUAAAUAAACAAGAAAAAACAGUUGUUGAAUGAGACAUAAGAAGUCAAACAAUAACAACAGUAACAGCAGCAGCUACCUUAAUUAAAGCAAGAUCAAUCUUUUGAGGAGCCACCUAUAAAGUUCACAAGGGAAAUGUCAUUUUAAAGCUAAUUAUGA